AAGUGCAGUGUGCUGUUUUUUUACUGACCUUGGCAGCUGCUUUUUUGUUUUCAGUUGCUGAUUCGACGUCCUUAGCCAUCAUGAAUUUUACCUCAUUCUCAAUCACUCAGGGAUCUAGGCCACAACCCCCUAGUACAAGGGGGUUAUCAGGCUAUUCUUUAAAAUCAGAGCUUAUACCACAAAGUCGAAGAGCCCACAGUAUGUAUGGGGCCCCUGGUAGUAUUCGUAUCUCGACUCCUAGCGUGCCAUCUGGGAUAGUUUCAAGCUAUUCAAGCACCCUUAGCAGUGCCCUUCCUAGCAGCAGCUAUGGGGGUAACAGCUACAGCAGCAGCACUAGUUUUUCAUCUGGAGGUUCUGACCUUUUACUUGGUACAAGUGGAAAGGAAGCCAUGCAGAACCUCAAUGACCGUCUGGCCAACUAUUUAGAAAAAGUCCGCAGUCUGGAGGAAAGAAAUAAUGAACUUGAAAUAAAGAUCCGAGAAUGGUAUGAUAAGCAAGGUUCUGGAUCAAAGCCAAAGGACUUCAGCCACUUCUUGAAAAUCAUUGCUGAUCUGCAAAACCAGAUUCACGAUGGAAAUAUGGAAAAUGCCAGGAUCCUUCUGAAAAUUGACAACGCAAAGCUUGCUGCUGAUGACUUUAAACAAAAGUGGGAAGCAGAACAGUUAAUGAGACUAAAUGUUGAAGGAGACAUUAAUGGACUCCGCAAAAUCCUUGAUGAAAUGAUGUUGGCCAGAACAGAUCUGGAGAUGCAGAUUGAUGGUCAGAAAGAGGAGCUGGCUUAUCUGAACAAGAGCCAUGAUGAGGAAAUGAAAGCUCUUCGCAGUCAGCUGGGUGGACAAGUCAGUGUAGAGGUGGAUGCCGCACCAACGGAAGACCUGACCAAGAAGAUGGAACUAAUACGACAACAGUAUGAACAACUUGCAGAGAAGAACAGAAAAGACGCUGAAGACUGGUUCUUGAAGGCGUCUGAAGACCUGAAUAGGAAUGUGGCCAGUAGCACAGAAGCAAUUCAGACCAGCAGAACGGAGAUCAAUGAACUGAGACGUACAAUUCAAGGCCUAGAAAUAGAGUUACAGUCGCAGCUCAGUAUGAAAGAUGCUUUGGAAGGACAACUUGCGGACACUGAACUUCGAUACUCAUCAGCUCUGAUGAACCUGCAGAAUGUUAUCAAUCAGAAGGAGGCAGAGUUAAGCAACAUCCGUGCUGAUAUUGAACGUCAGGCAAAUGAGUACAAGAUUCUUCUUGAUGUCAAAAAUAGGCUAGAAAAUGAAAUUAAAACUUACCGCAUUCUGUUGGAAGGUGAUGAGGGAAAGUUUCAUACUUCACCACAACAUCCCUCUAUUGUAACCAAACAGACAGAAACCGUUGUUAACCCAGUUAUUACCAAGAAUGUCAGGACAGUCGUUGAAGAAAUAAUAGAUGGAAAGGUUGUGUCAAAAAAGGAAUAUCCAGGACCUCCAGAGAAAUUACCGAUUUGAUUGACCUACCUCAUACUAUAAAUGCAUUUUUUUCUGCUCAAAUUGUUAUUAUAAUACAAUUUCAGUACUCUCGUUCUUAAUAAUUAACUUACUGCUUCACUGCUUCAUUACUGUUGGUCUUCAUGAUCUCAGAAAUACUCCCCACUUCUGCUUUUCAUGUUUUAAUGGAUCACUGCUGCUUUCUCAUAGCACCGAAGUUCAGGAAAGCUAUAAGGCUAACAGUAACACCAGAUCUAAAAACAUCCAUCUACCUUCCCCCUACUUAUUUUAAGAGUUAGAGCUUUGCAAAAUAACAUCUUUUGUUUUCAUUACAACAGAUCCAGGCAAUUCACUUUGCACAUUUGUAAUUUUAAUAGUGAAAAGAGAGAACUGGAUAUAAUUUUGAACCGACAUCACCUGUUCACACACAUAUUACAAAUAAAAGACUUAAAAUAAAACACA